AUGGCUGGUCCAGGUGGUGGUCCUCCCCGCAAGAGCCAUACCAAGUCCCGUUUCGGAUGCAAAACGUGCAAGAGACGUCAUAUCCGAUGUGACGAGAGUUUCCCACAGUGCCGGAAUUGCACCAAGCACAACUGUCGUUGCGAUUAUAUGGACGACGCCACUGUCCGUGACGAAUCGACCGCCAACCGCAAAGUCCCCGACCUUCUUAUGUCUGCUGAGAUUGAAAUGGAAAUCAAGAACUGGCACAUUACCGGCGUUCCUCCCUUCCCCGAAAUGGUGCACUUUCCGCGCAGCGGUUGGAGUCGGCUAUCUCGAAUCGACCUUCGGCUCAUCCACCAUAUCAUUGGCCUCUCGAUUGAUCUUCACCGUCGCGGCUUCAGCAACUGUACCAUCUGGGCUCAGAAGAUGCUAUCCUUUCUCACCAUCGCUCUCUCCCACGACUUUGUGAUGAGCUCGAUUUUAGCGUUGUCCGCUUCACAUCUCGCCUGGAUCACUCGAAAUAAGGAAACCAAACAGUUGGCCUAUCACCAUCGGGGUGUUGCCAUUCAGGGACUGCACAAGGCUAUCGGAGCCUUUUCGAGGACGAAUUGCGAGGCGAUCCUAGCCGCAUCUAUUCUCCUCUCCUGGCAGGCUUCGGAAUGGCAGAGUUGGGCGUCUUUACAGCAAGGUCUUACCACGGUUCUCAAUUCGAUGCCCCCCAUGUGGAAGCAGGAGUCGGAAUUGGCCAUAUUUCUGGAGAGCCAGAGGUAUCUGGGAUGCACCAACACCCCCAUGAUGACCGGUUAUCAUUUCCAAACGGAGGACCUGGUCAGCCUCGAUCAAACCAUCAUGGCCCUUCAAAGCGUGCAGAAGCGCGUCGCCCAUAACCCCGAACACUACCGCCGAAUUGGAGAGCUCCUUGAGUUUGUGCGCCAUUUCCAGAGAGACCUUCUAUCGCAGACACCUGAGCAGGCUUUCGAGCGCAUGCAGCCGCUACGCAGAUGGCUAUUCUGGCUGCCACCGGCUAUGCUCCGUGGUGGAGACGCUGAUUUCGCAGCCCUCUCGAUUAUCGCCCAGUUUUUCGGAAUCGGAGUGACCCUGGACAGCCUCUUCCCUGACCUGGGGGGUGCUUAUCUUGGCCCACUGUCGGUUGCGCCAAUCGAGGAAAUCUACCGGGCUAUUACCACACGGAGCGCAGCGGACCCAUUUAAUCCUGACCUGCAAGUGGCCUCGUCCCUCAUGGAGCUGCCGCUACAUAUCGUUUCCAAGUACAAGAGCCGCCUUCAGUGGUCGCCGCGGACCUCGAUCGAUUAUUCUCCAGCUCCACCGAGUCCAUAUCAAAGUAUUCAGGACUACCGCCUCGCAUCUUCGUCCUCUCCGUCCUCCACAUCGGCUACCUACGCCCCUUACACCCCGCCACUGCAGUCUCCGCCAGCUAUGACGAUUGCCAAUUCCCCAUUUGACGUGACGGGGACCUACGUGACAGCUCCAGGCACUCAGGCCCUAUAUCCACCGUCACCUCGAUUACUGUCCGAUCCGCGAGAGGACCUGUCUGACUAUAGCCACGACGGCUCCCUCCAGCAUUCGCCCGCCUUUGCUCCCCCGUACAUCGACGAUGUUGUGUGCGGAGGGGUGGAUGGGAUAGGACUGAAUCUGGAAAUUUAUGAGGAACCCCAUCCGAUUGUUGGAGGAUUCAACGGGCCGGAGCCUGUGUGGACUGGAAGCAUCUGCACGUAG